UUUCUUUGUGUAUCGUUCAUUCUGAUUGUCCCAAUCGCUCCUCAGCAACAUGCAUGUGACAAAAGUGCCCCAGAAACAAGCCAAUUUCCCUUCUGCAAUACCUCAUUAUCCUACCAAGACCGCGCCAAACACCUAGUCUCGCUCCUGACCCUCCAUGAAAAGGUGCAGCAAUUGGUGCACCAUGCAACCGGCAUUUCCCGGCUUGGUGUGCCACCAUACAAUUGGUGGUCCGAGGCACUUCAUGGUGUAGCAAGUGGGAGCGGGGAGGCCGUCAUUUUCAAUGGAACAGUGCCAGGGGCCACAAGCUUUCCUGCAGUUAUACUCUCGGCUGCGAGUUUUAAUGCCACAUUGUGGUAUAAAAUGGGGCAGGUCGUGUCAACCGAGGCUAGAGCCAUGCACAAUGUUGGCCAAGCGGGGCUCACAUACUGGAGCCCUAAUGUCAACGUGUUCCGGGACCCACGAUGGGGGUGCGGACAAGAAACGCCAGGGGAAGACCCUCUGGUUGUGUCCAGAUAUGCGGCGAACUAUGUGAGAGGACUGCAAGAAGUGGUGGAGGGAGGAAAUUAUACCGACAGCAGGCUCAAGGUUUCUAGUUGCUGCAAGCAUUAUACCGCUUAUGAUGUUGAUAGCUGGAAAGCUGUAGAUCGAUUUCAUUUUGACGCACGGGUGACAAAACAGGACAUGGAGGACACAUAUCAGCCACCAUUUAGGAGCUGCAUAGAGGAGGGACGUGUUAGUAGUGUUAUGUGCUCUUACAAUAGGGUGAACGGGGUUCCUACCUGUGCCGAUCCAAACCUGCUCAAGGGAAUAGUCAGAGAUCAAUGGGGUCUUGACGGCUAUAUCGUCUCAGACUGUGACUCAAUUGAGGUUUACCAUGAUCGCAUCCACUAUACCGCUACACCUGAGGAUGCAGUCGCCCUCGCCCUAAAAGCAGGUUUAAACAUGAAUUGUGGGGAUUUUCUGAGCAAGUACACACAAAAUGCGGUAAAGCAGAAGAAGGUAGAUGAGUCUGUUGUGGAUCAGGCCUUGGUAUACAACUAUGCAGUCCUCAUGAGACUCGGCUUCUUUGAUGGAGACCCCAAUUCUCUCCCAUUUGGAAAUCUUGGUCCACAGGAUGUAUGUACCAACGAAAAUCAACACUUGGCACUAGAUGCAGCGAAGCAAGGGAUCGUCCUUCUUGCCAAUGAGGGAGCACUCCCACUGUCCGAAAGUACCAUAAAAAACAUGGCUGUUAUAGGACCAAAUGCUAAUGCCACAACGGUCAUGAUAAGCAACUAUGCCGGUACACCUUGUCAAUACACCAGUCCAUUACAAGGGCUGCAAAAGUUUGUAAGCACAGUGAGCUAUGAGCCCGGUUGCGCCGAUGUAAAAUGCAGCAACAAAUCUCUUUUCGAGGCAGCUGUUAACAUCGCCACCCCAGCCGACGUUGUGGUUGUUGUGGUGGGGCUUAGUCUAUCAAUUGAGAAAGAGGGGUUGGACAGAGUGAACUUGACAUUGCCAGGGCUUCAGGAAAAUCUGGUCAUGGAGGUAUCGGAAGCGACAAAUGGGACCGUGAUUCUCGUUAUCAUGUCAGCUGGUCCAGUUGAUGUUUCAUUCGCAAAACAUGUGAGUAAAAUCAAGGGAAUUCUGUGGGUUGGAUAUCCAGGCCAAGAUGGAGGAGACGCCAUAGCUCAGGUCAUCUUUGGGAACUACAACCCAGGUGGAAGGUCCCCCUUUACGUGGUAUCCACAAGAGUAUGCCGAUCAAGUACCGAUGACAGACAUGAACAUGAGAGCCAACGCCUCUACUAACUACCCUGGAAGAACUUACCGUUUUUACACAGGAAAAUCCGUCUAUCAGUUUGGCCACGGACUGAGCUACUCCUACUAUUCCAAAUUCAUCAUAUCCGCCCCAUCCACUAUACUUGUCCAAUUGGCACCCACACCCGAUCAACACGACAUUCUCUGUUCCAGCUCCAAAGUCCAGAUACUCUCGGACUCCAACGCUCAAGCUAUCGACAUUUCAGCAAUCAAGUGUACAGACUUGGGAUUCAACAUCGUUGUUGGAGUCACAAACGAUGGGAAAAUGGAUGGGACUCAUGUGGUGCUAGUGUUUUGGAAGCCGCCGCGCUCACAAGGAUUAAUAACCGGUGCACCAAUUCAGCAACUGGUGGGUUUUGAGAGAGCGGAGGUGAAGGUUGGCAAGACAGAGAAGGUGACGGUGAGGGUGGACGUGUGCAAGCAUCUGAGUCUUGCAGACAAGGAAGGGAACAGACUUCUGGUGACAGGGCGGCACACGUUACUAGUCGGUUCUCCAAGCGAGCGCCAAGCGAGACAUCGCUUGAACAUCCGGGUGGAAGCGAUGAAGAUGAACUGAGCUCGAGAAUAAUCGAUGUAGUAAUCAUA